AUGGUAGAAGAAGCUCCAGCACCGGCCAGCUCGGCCCCCGCCAAGGCUCCUAAAAAGAAGACCGCGACCAAACCCAAGAAAGCGGGUCCCAGCGUCGGCGAGCUGAUCGUCAAAGCUGUUUCCGCUUCCAAGGAGAGGAGCGGCGUGUCCCUGGCCGCCCUGAAGAAAGCUCUGUCUGCAGGUGGAUACGACGUGGAGAAGAACAACUCCCGCGUCAAACUCGCCGUCAAAAGCCUGGUGACCAAGGGCAUCCUGGUGCAGACCAAGGGCACCGGCGCCUCAGGAUCUUUCAAGCUCAACAAGAAGCAGACCGAGGCGAAGAAGCCCGCCGCUCCUAAAGUGAAAAAGGCCGCAAAGAAGCCCAAGAAGAUAACAGCCAAGAAGCCCGCCGCUAAGAAGUCCCCCAAGAAGGCCAAGAAACCCGCUGCUGCCGCUAAGAAAGCCACAAAGAGCCCCAAGAAGGCUAAGAAGCCGGCGACCCCCAAGAAGGCAGCCAAGAGUCCUAAAAAAGCCAAGGCAGCCAAACCCAAAACCGCUAAGCCCAAAGCGGCCAAGGCCAAAAAAGCUGCACCCAAGAAGAAGUGA